CAGAAGCCCGUGCGUCCAACUCACCACGACUUCUCCUGACACACCAUGUGGACGCCAGACGGUAUGUGUCCCUCAACCACUACAGCAUUGCCACCAUCCACCCGUGAGCGCUUUUUAUUUUUACUAAUUUUACGGACACUGGGACAUUAUGUUGUACACAUCACAUGGACAUUAUGUUGUUUACACCAAUUAUAUAAUUAAAUGUGAAUUUUUUUUUAAAAUUAAAGCAUUCUUGAAGACAAUAUUUUGCGGGAUUCAAUUAAUUUACACCCUGUGUAUCACUUUGCAUGAUGCAUCCUUGGGGAUCCAUUGAAAUACUUGAGGACCGAUUGGCAUUCUUUGGGUUCCACUGGCAUCAUUUUGGGAUCCACUGGCAUCCUUGGCGAUCCAUUUUCACAGCCUUGGGGAUAUAUUGUCGUUGUCAUCUUUCAGGAAUCCAUCGCCAAGUUUCGGGAUAGACUGGCAUCUACGGAGAUUCAUUUGCCUCCUUUGGGAUACACUGUCAGCUUUGGGGAAUUUUUUGCCCUCCUUCGCAAUAUAUUGUCAUCUUUGGGUGAUCCAUUCGCAUCCUUUGGGAUCCAUUGGCCUCCUUUGGGAUCCAUUGGCCUCCUUUGGGAUCCGUUGGCUUUUUUUGGCGAUCCGUUAGCAUCUCUGCGACCGAUUGGCAUACUUGGGGAUGCAUGGGAAUCCUUUGCGAUACAUAUCCACCCUUGGGGAUAAACUGUCAUCUUUGGGGGAUUUCAUUACCUUCCUUCGGGAUGUAUCGUAAUCUUUUGUGAUCUGUUGAAAUAAUUUUACUGUUUAAUACGACCUUGAAUAAUAUUAUUAAGUUUGAUCUGCUGAGUAAAACUAUAGAAAAUUUCAAACGUAUGCCAGAAAAGUAAUUCAUAUAUAUAUAUAUAUGUGUGAUAACUUCGCGGAAAAUAUUAGCAGAAUUUUCCUGAAACGGCAGAAACAGUUUUGAAGCCUAUCUCUUGUAAAUAUAACGGUUUAAAAAAAAGUGUUAAUUCGAAAGUGCAAUGUUUAUAUUUAUAGUUAGACAAAUCUUUAAAUCAAUUAUUUUUCCUAAUGUCAACAUAUUUAAAGCCUGCUUUUAGAAAUAUUUUUAUCGAAAAAUUUUGAAAAUAAUAACAAAAAAAAAAAAAAAGAAUAACCCUGAAUAGAAUUAAAUUUUAAUGAUUAAAGAAGCUGUGAUGAUCUGUUAAAUAUUUCCAGCAGAUUUGUUUGACAAUUGUUUUCCUUGGCUCUGAUUCAUCAGGCACAUUGACUACACAGUCAUCGUGGCGUCCAACAUGGCUGGAGGUUGGCAUAAGACUAUAGGACAUCACUCUCUUCUAAGUGAAGUGGUAAGCGCGCUGUACCAAGACAUUCAUUUUUUUCAAAUAUCUUAUCUGAUAAAUUACAAUUUUGUUGUUGUUGUUGUUGUUAAAACGACAUUGAAUUGUAUUCCUUCACAGUUUUAAAGGGGCUUUUUUUUCCGCCCAGGGUGACGUCAUUAACAUUUGGAUAUCCAAAGGACAUCCCCGGGAAAAGCUCGUCAUUGGAAUCCCCACGUUCGGGCGGUCCUUUAAACUGAAAGAUGUCAGCCAGACUAACUUAGGGGCCCCGGCUGCUGGGCACGGCAAACUCAUCCUUCCAGGAGUGGCGCUAUACGCUGCACCUCCUUUCCCACGAGUAACACACACACACACAAAUUGUUUAUUAUGUGCAUGUAAAAUUAUAGUGCAUUAUUGAUUUUUGUUAACAGUUCGUGCAUUCCAUCAUUGUAACGUGCUCAGUUUCGAUGAUAAAUUAGUGAGAAUGAUCAUGACCUGAGCUGAUAUCUAAGAGGAUAAUAUAUUAGUGGAUAUCUUAGUGGAUAUCUUAGUGUAUUCUUUGUUGAUAUUUUAGUGGAAAUCUUAGUGGAUAUCUGAGUGGACAACUUAGUAUAAAUCUUAGUGGACAUCUUAAUGUAUAUCUUAGUGGCGCUAUUUUAAUAGAUAUCUUAUUGGAUAUCUUAGUACGUGUCUUAGUGGAUAUCUAAGUGGAUGUCUUAAUGAAUCUCUUAGUGGAUAUCUUAUUUGAUAUCUUAGCUGAUGUCUUAGUGGCUAUCUUAAAGGGUAUCGUAGUGGAAAUCUUAGUGGAUAUCUUACUGGAUAUCAGAUAGUGUGUUAAAUACUAACAGGAAGUCCAAUUCUUCACAUAUUAAUUCUUUAUUUACAUAAAUAUUUCACCGGACAAUAAAAUUCACAUAUGACGCCAUAUUGGAAUGAGGAUUAAAUACAGUUCACAUUUCAUCCAUUUCUCUUUAGAAAAUAACAUGUAACGUAACUCAUACACUGUAUCCUUUUGUAAUCUUGAGCAGACACAAUAUGCUAAACUUCUUCUGCCUGCUCUCCAAUAUGGUGGAUAAUAUAGUACUUUACUACCUAUAAAUAGAAUUCAUGUAUUCCCUACACUCUCGUGAAAUUGUGCAUUGGUUUACUCAGCAGUAAAUGACAUUAAACAUCAUUAAGUUACAAUUUUUUUUUUAAAGCUAUUUAUGUAACUACUUUAUCAAAACAUUUGAGACUGCAAUAGAAGAAAAGACUACUGUUAGGAUGAAGAAUCUUAAUUUUGUUGCUUUUUUUUUGUUGUUGUUUUUUUUUUCUUUUGCGUUAGCCAGCAUAGAUACCACCAUGGCUGACCCAUCAUACAAAACAGUCACUGAAUAUUUCAACUUUAAUAUUUUGCUAACUCUCUCUCUCUCUGUCUCGCUCUCUCUCUCUCUCUCUCUCUCUCUCUCUCUCUCUCUCUCUCUCGCUCUCUCUCUCUCUCUCUCUCUCUCAAUCUCUCUAUUAGUCUUAUUGUAUCCUCCGCUAUCUCUUCUUGUAACUUUCGUUGUUUUCCCUUUCUAUUAUGACUUGUGUUCUUAACUCAUUACUUUAACAAACCACAUUUAAAAAUUCUCAGUUUUUGUGUGUUUGUUGGUUUGUGGUUCUUUUUUUAAAAUUAUUCUACACGAAACACGCCACGGUACAUCGGCCUUAACAUCGGCCUUAACAUCGGCCUUAAGAUCGGCCUUAAGACAUCACAGGCUGCAAAAUCCCGCUUUUCUUUCUUUAAAAAAAAAAAAUUUCAGUAUUUGAUAAUAUAUUUUCUUCACGUCAUUUUCCAAUGAGAAAGACAUAAUCUUAAAGGCAACACAUUUUUGCUGUCAUAUAACAUAAAAAAUAGUAGUGUUCUUAUUUUUUUCCCUAAAGAUCUGUGAGUUUCUGGAUACGGGAAAAGCCUCUGUGGUCCGUUCCGCAUUCGCCGCUGCGCCUUACCUCUAUUACAAAGAUUUUUGGAUGGGAUAUGAAGACGUUGACAGUGUCUUCUAUAAGGUGAGGAUUUUGUUGUCGUUGUGUCUGGUGAGGAAGAUAUUGAAGUAUAUUCUCACUUGAAAUGUACCAAAUUUGGUUAAUUCACUGCCACCUGUUUAGAGCGGCAAAGCUGAGUUUAAAGUUCAAAAUAAAUGAAUACUUUUAUAAGAAAGGUUCAGAGAUGUAAUACGUGUUUCUUUUGGUAGAGUUGCAACUAGCCAAUGUACCCGGCUUUGCUUGGGUUGGUAUUAGGAAGAAAAAAAAAUAAUAAAGUUUUUCAAGCGUUUUAAGCCUAGAUGGAAAUUUCUGGACCUGUCAAAAAUAAUUCGAUUAAAUAGCAUUUAAAUUUGAAAAUAGUUCUUUUAUAAAAAUCCAGACUUACCAUAACUCUAAAAAUAUUAAUGUAAAAAAAAAAAAUUGUGGCCGUUUUUUUCAUUUAAUUUAAAAUAGUAGCCCCGUCACAAGCCCAUUCCAAAAGGGGUCAUUUUUAGUUAUCUCUAAGUAAGGGACUCAUUUCAAAAGAAUGGAAUAAAUAUUCAAGUUCAUUUAUCAUUUUUUUUAAAUUUCGCGUCUUCACUUUCUACUGGAAAGGGACUUUGUUUUUGUCAUCUUUAAAAGCCGUGAGCGAUUCCUUCUGGGUAAUGAAACGUUUCAUCAAUGGGAAUAACGAUGUAUCCUAAGUGGUAAAGAUGUGUACACCAAGGGGUAUAGCUAGCUAUCCCAAGGGUAUAGCUAUGUAUACCAAGGGGUAUAAGUAUGUAUUCCAUUUUGUACAGUUAUUUAUCCGAAGUGGUAUAGUUAUGUAUUCCAUGUGGUAUAACUAUGCAUCCCACGUGAUAUAGCUAAGUACCCUAAGUGGUAAAGCUUUGUAUCCCAAGUGCUAUUGCUAAAUACCCUAGGUGGUGUAGCUUUGUAUCCAAAGUGCUAUUGCCAUGUAUCCCUAGUUGUAGAGCCAUCUAUCCCAGGUUGGAUCAAGAGAAUAUAAUAUUAUACCAGAAAAAUGCAUCGAUGAACACUGAAAAUCAUAUGAAAAGUUCUAAAUUAACAUUUUUUUUUUAAAUCUAAGACAUACGCUUUAGAAAAAAAUCAACAUUUACAUAUUGAUGAAUACCGUUAUCAACUUUGAUGUUUGUUUUUUUGUUGUUUUUUUAAAUAUUAGUCAUUGUCUCGCACCGUUUUUAAAUUGAAACCCUACCGUGCAAUAUGUGGAUGUGGUUAAAAAAUCUCAACAGAAACUUACUGUGUGUAAUGGCAUUUUAGAAAUUAUUAAUGAAUGUACAGCAUCUCUUGCAUCUAUAUGUCUCUUCUGAUGUGGCUGCUUCCUAUUUACAACCGACCAGCCCCCUGCUUAAUAUGUUUUAUAUAAAUAUUACUGAGUUGGGGUGGGGGGUGCGGCUGUAGAGCAGCGAGCGUCAUGCUUGACGGUCGGACCCAGGUAAAAACGUUGAAUUUUUUGUCGGAUGAGUUACGGGUAUGGUGUAGGACUGUCUGUAGGAUUGUCUGUGGGACAGUCUGCAGGGCUGUCUUUAGGGCUGUCUUUAGGACUGUCUGCAAGCCUAUUGUUUAAAGGCCGACCGUUAGGACUGUCUGUAAGCCUAUUGUUCUAAGACCGACCGUUAGGACUGUCUGUACUGUAGGCCGAUUGUUCUAAGGCCGACAGUUAGGACUGUCUGUAAUGUAGGCCUAUUGUUCUAAGACCGACCGUUAGGACUGUCUGUACUGUAAGCCUAUUGUUCUAAGGCCGACAGUUAGGACUGUCUGUAAGCCUAUUGUUCAAAGGCCGGUGCGUAGUAUAAAGAAUGAGAAGUUAUCUUUUUCUAUAACAUUUUCCUAUAAGCCUAUUCCUGCUAAAAUAUUACAGUCUGAUAAAUACCACUAACUGUAAAUGGGUGAAAGAAAGACCAGUGUUGGAAACAUGGUUGAUAUUAAAAAUCCUAGUCGACGCGUUUCGGCAAGUUCAGUUGUGCGAAGAACAGAAGUACUUCGAGCUUUUUUGACAGAGCUGCUUAUUUUACUUAAUUUAUUUAAUGACUCAUAAAAAAAUCAAGAAACACAAACUAAAUAGAUGCACAUUUCUGAAUUGCAGACCAGGUACGUCAUUGAUAGACAUCUUGGUGGAGUAUACAUCGAUGACCUUGACCAAGAUGACGUCACCGGACAAUCUUGCGGGCUUGGGGCGUACCCCCUGCUUAACUCCGCCUUUGAUGCGUGUCAGUUUUAACGGUUCACUGCAGUUGCACGGCUCGUAGAGGCCCGGUAUUGAUUUAGCGGCUAUUGAAAGAGCGGCUUUUGGAGGAGCGGCUUUUGGAGACACGGUCAAAAAGGGAACCUUGAUUUCAAGAACCAGAAACAAUGAACGAUUUCACCACUAUGGCAGUUUGUUUUUUUAUCUCC